UAUGGGAAAAGUGAUUAAAUAUGUAGAUAUCAAAAUAAUAAAGAAAAGAAAAAUUUUAAACUAAAAUUUGUAAAUUUAUUUGAAAAUAAUUCUGGUCAUAAAAUAGCAUAGCAUGCACGUCCAGAAAACGCGUGGAGAAAUACGCCGGCCCAAAAAUAAACUUAAGCGUUAUUUCCUUGCGGGAGGUAAUGCAUAAAGUUGAGUGAACUGUCCAAUAGGAGUAAUUUUCAAACUGUUAACAUGAUUUCCGGGUAAAAGUGUUUUGUCUGUCCGUAGAGCUGACGGUUUAAAUAAUUUUAGAGAUCAAAGAAAUCGAAAAUCAGCCAACAUACGCAAUGGGGAAACUUGAGAUUUAUAUUUUAUUGAUAAAAUAUCUGAUUUUCUAACAAGUUGAUGUAAUUUCAUCGUUGUUUUCGGGUUGAGAAUGUGAGAAAGUUUAAGUUGAGUCAAAUAGAAAUAUACCAUCGAGUAAAAUUUAAAACACAUGUGAGAAUUAGAGCCGUGAAUUGGUGCCGAGGUUUUUAGCGGCUGAAUUAUGCAUAAAUUUGCUGGGUCGAGGCUUUAUUGCGAUUAAUGUUUCACGGGCAUUGUUCCAAAAAAAAAAAUAAUGAAUGAAUUCCUAAAUCACUUAUAAUAAUUCACAGCAUAAACGAAAUAAUCAACAAAUACCGUUGGUAGAUUAAAAUAUUAGUGUGUCAAAAUGUCUUACUGUAGACAAAAAUUGAAAACAUGUUGUUCUACAAUAAUAUCAAAACAAUUACACCGUGUUCUAGAAUACGUGCACUGAACAAACAAUAAAAAGGUAUUUGUCAAAUUUAAUGUUGGCUUAAAACCAAAAUUCUCAUGAUUUUUGCGAAGAAUAAAAGAAUCCCGUAGUAAUGUGGGUAAAAAUAACAGAAGCUGCGAGUGAUUUGGGAAAUAAACUGAGAUCUAGGAAAGACAACUGACAAGGACAAGGUCGAGGUUAUAAAAAAGUUAAAUGAUGUUAUUGAUUAAUAGGCUAAACAAUAGAAGAACAAGACAAUGAAAUUAUGAAGUGAAUUUAGCUCGAACUAAGUGGAGAUAAAUAAACAAUAAUGUCUUUUUGUAGGAUUACGGGGAGGAGCCGUGGCCUCCCCAAACCAAAUUAUUUUCCGUUGUUGCCUCCAAUAAGUCCAGCAGACGCUAAAAGAUUUUGCCGAAUAACUGGUAAAUCAUAUGGGCUACCGACGCAUCAUUACAUUCCGGUUUUAUUGGGUGUCCAUAAAACGGAUAAGUCGAAAUGUCGAGUCACGAACAACAAUUCUGGCGCGCAUCAUCAAUAUACAGCUGGUUUCAUUUUUGCUGGUGAAAAACGCAAGCACGUGAUAUUGAAAGACUACCGUUAUGUAUUUCCGGUGUUGGAGGGUGAUGGAGAACAACAAAAAGCUCUGAGAGAACUUUUGCGUACCAAGGAACCUCUGGGUGAUGAUGAAGAAAAUUUGAAAUUUGUUUAUACGGUUAAUGAGAGACGUUGUAGCCUGGUAUUUCCAGCUCAACUGGAGGCGGCAGUUAGAGAUGGAGAUGUUAAGGAUGUUAUGCUGUCGCGAGACUGUGAUACUGUUUUGUUGAGACUGAAGCAGGGUAAAAGUGUGUCUGUUGAUUUCAGAGAUUUUGGUGGUGAUGAUUUAGAACACUUGUAUGAUGGUCUUGGACCAAGAGAAGAUGUUUUGAAAGAGCGGGAACGGUUGGAGGCAAAUGCUCGUAAGCGAAAGAAGAAACGGGCAAAUGGGUUGAAUUAUGCUAAAAAAAUAUUUGAGGACAAAGAGAAAGCUGCUGAUGAAGCAGAAGAGCAAGAUAGUAAGAAGAUGAAGCUGAAUGUUAUCAAGGAAGAAUUUAAAGAAGAGAUUAUUAGCUGGAAAGAUGUUGAUUUGGAUCAUGCACGCGUGGGAAGAAGCCAGUUGACUGCAAUUUCGAAUCAAGAAAGUUUAAACUAUUCGAUCACGACUUCUUGCAAUUGGGAAUCGCUUACAAGUAAUGCUGGAGUAACUGGAACGCCGAUUGUUGAAAAACUACCGACGCCUGUCCAAAUAGAGGCUGCGACAAUCGAUAUCGAGUCAACGGCUAUCGGAGUUGUUACUUCACCGAUUUCAGAAGAAACUGGGGGACUUGAAGCCAUUUCAAUCAUAAAGCCAUUGACUCCGCUGAACGUGGAACCAGAUCCUGCUAUUUAUGAAGCGUUGGUCAAUUUAACUGCUGAAGAGCUUGAGGAGACUGCUGAUGUCAAAGAAAAAUUAUUAAACGCCGGGAAAGAAGCUCUGGAAGCUCUGCCGACUGUAGAGGAAAUUUCUAAGCUCGUGGAAAAUGUUGAAAAGGGUAACAAGCAUGAGAUCAAUAAAAUCAAGGGUUUGAAAAUUGACAUUGACUCUGCACAGAGAUUCGUCACGGGAAAAACAGUACAGACCCCAAAUGGCCCAGUAUUUGUACCGGGACAAACUCUGCAGACACCGAAAGGUCAGACUUUUGUGCCAGGUUUCACAGUUCAUACUCCGAGUGGACCAGUUCUGAUUCCUGGACAAAUAGUAUCGGUGACGGAAGAAAAUAAACAGAUGCCUGUAUUCAUUGCUGGACAAACACUUGAAACCAAGAGUGGGGUCAAGUUUGUUCAGGGUCAAACAAUGCAUACUAGUGAAGGCGCUAAGUUUGUCAUGGGUCAAACAGUUUUCACAGAAGAGGGUCCGAAGUUUGUGGCAGGUCUCACUGUGACGCAGGAUAAGUUUGUGGCAGGUCAAACAAUCGUUACAGAAAAAGGCGCACAUUUUAUGCCUGGUCAAACAAUAACAAAUGAGCAUGGCGAACACAUAUUUGUUCCAGGGCAGAGUGUAAAAAAUAAUGAAGUAUGGAGGUUUGUUCCGGGGCAAUGUUUGUCAUCUUCUAUUGAAGAGCCAGUAUUUGUACCGGGGAAAACGAUGCAAACGUCUGAAGGACUACGUUUUGUAGCAGGUCAAAGUGUAACUACUGAAUCUGGCAAAGAACAAUUCGUUCCUGGAAUGACGGUGAAAACGAAAGACGGACCAACAUUUGUUCCUGGUACUACUUUGGACACUCCACAAGGUCCUAAAUUCGUUCAAGGCAUGGUUAUAAAGACUCCUGAAGGCGAAAGAUUUGUUCCAGGCACAACAGUCGUUGGGGCGGGUGAUAGUUUUGAAUUUGCUGCAGCGAAAAGUGUCAAAGACAUAACAUUCUUAGAAGCUGGGCCCGUGGGUAUUCCUGUAGAUCCCAAAACUGCAAAUACCGUGUCUUCAUUAGAACAGCAAGAAAUAUUUGGACAUAUGGUACAAACAGAACAUGGAGUGGAAUUUAUUCCUGAGUCGAAAAAAAUUCCUGAAAGCAAACGAAUCGUUCCUGGUCAGUUGGUACGUGGUGGCAAAGAUGGACCACGUUUCGUACCUGGUAUGAUGACCGAAGAAGGAUUUCUACCUGGUCAAAUUGUAAUAACAGAAAAGGGUGAUCAGUUUAUACCAGGCCAGGUAGUAGAAACUAGCACAGGACCAAAAUUUGUGCCAGGAAGAAUGGUAGAGACUAGAACUGGCCCUAAAUUUGUGCCGGGUCAAACAAUGGAGACAACAGAUGGUCCACGCUUUGUGCCAGGUCAAAUAGUGCAAACAAAAGUAGGACCUACAUUUAUUCCUGGUCAAGUAAUAACAACCGAAAAUAAAGGAUCACGCUUCGUACCAGGUCAAGUUGUAGAUACUCCUGAUGGUCCACGAUUUGUUCCGGGACGAGUAGUAGAAUCUGGAGAACUAGGAGUCACUUUUGUUCCUGGACAAAUAGUCCAAACUGAAGAAGGACCUCGAUUUGUUGCCCCUGAUUUAAUGGACACCCCGGAAGGAGAAAUGGAAUUUUCCGUUCAAGGGUUCGAAGUCACUCCCGAAGAGUUAGCUCUCUUACGCCCAGAUCACUUGCAUUACAAUGCAACUUCUAAGCAACAUCAUGAACCAAUGAGUAUCGAUGCACGAAUGCUAAAACAAUUAUCUGAAGCUGGAAUGUCGGUAGGCAGAAAAAUAUCAGCCGUCGUACCAAAUGUCAAUGUUGAUGUCGAUCCUACAGCAAUCGCGCUAGAAAACGCAUUGGUAAUCGCAAAAAAACUUGGUCUUAAAGGCGAUUCUGCCGUAAAAAUGGCUCAAAUAGUAUCCACAGUUUCUCAGUUAGCCAACAACAUAGUCAACGAGUAUCAAAACAACGAGAAACCCAACUUCGAAAGCAUCUGCAAUGGUUAUAACAGCAAACCCUUAACAAACGGCACGAGUCAUCAAAAUGGUCACACAGAAGAUGACGACUGGCUUCACGAAGCCGUUAAAGGCGCAAUAGCUACUGCAAUACUUGCAAUAACUGACAUCGAUGACCAGACGCCUACAAAUGGUGACAAAUCUUAUGUUUUGUCAUCAAUAAGCGAAGCAUUCAAUGUAUUCCUCCGCCAAGGUUCCUCGUCAAUUGAGCAGUCCGUCGACCAGGUUCUGAAAAUCCUCAUGGUUCCUCAAAGUCGAACCGCCUUAUGUCAAACCGCAGUAAUCGAUCUCCUAGAAUCCAACAGCAACAAAGUCGACCUCCUGAAGUCAACAAUCGUCCGUCACUCACUAAAAAGCGACAUCGUUCUUGAACGCCUGUCAGCUGUACUCGAGGAAGAACAUGGAUCAGAUUUAGUGGGCUCAGCAUUUCGUGCCGUAUCAAAAGACGAUCCCGAAUUGGUUUUACGUGUUCUGGAGAAAGUAUCUCAAGAAGUAGCUGGCGUUGCAACAGAUCGCGAAGCCGCCGAAACCGUUCACAAAGCAAUUGUGCAGGCCGUUCGUGAGUCCAGUGAACUUCAUGUCAAAGAACUGCUUCUAAAUGACAACUAUGAUGGCAAUAACAACAACAACAGUAACCUACGUGAAUUAAUUCUUCAAGCAGUUGGAUUGGCACGUGCUUUAGGAAUGUCAACAACGGCAAGCAGCUUAUUGGCUGUGAUAAGUGAUGAAAAGUCAACAAAACUCUUAGCCAAUGACAGAGUCACUUUGGAUAUACUAAAGCGUCUGACAGUGAUGCGAAAAUUGGCUGAAGAAAGACCACAAUUCAUAGCAGCAUUACGGGAUCUGACAAGUGAUCCAGAAAUGGCACGUUCUGAUCCACAUUUACGAACACUGGUUCGUGAAAGCGCUGCGUUGAUGAUCGUACCAGAAGAUGCUCCUCUCCAGUCGUCCGUUGAUGUACCAACAGCCCUACUCAAUGCAGAAAAUAGCUUAGCUAUAGAAGAUUUCUUAAUGCGCAAGAGUCAUCGGCCAUCAACAAUCUUUAUGAUUUUAAAACACGGAUUGCAAGCAGUCGUACCACGUGAAGCUGCCCACGCGGUUUUAACCGGCCAAGUUGCUUACACAGUUCUAGAUGAAAACGGAAUCACCCAUUUUGAGCCCUUGCAUGUAUUCAACGCUCUCAGAUUGAACAAACCAACUGCCCACCGUUUUUCGAUGUACGCUUGCCCGGUUGCCGGUGACGAUGACUUUGAAAUGGAAUUAAUAGCACCUUAUGGAAAUAACAACGGAAACGCUUACGGAAUCUCCGACUCGGUUAGUAGUUAUGACGCUUGUUCGUCCACUAACGGAUGCUACUAUUCGCCACAGGAUUACAGUAGCGGCGUCACGCUAACGAGAUCCGAUAGGACGAUAGAAAAUUCAGUCAGUCGAGAAAACACGCCAUGCUUUAGAAGACUUAGUUGUCUUCUCUUAGACGACAGGGGUACUGCCGACAACUUCAUUGUUGUCAAGGACUAUGCAUCCGAGGAAGACAAUGGAUUUGCUGUGAAAAUCGGGGAUAUCGUUGAAGCUAUAGAGUUUAACGACGAUCUAACAAAGAGAAAAAAAAUGGACCCAGAUUUGGAAAUAGGCGAAGUGGGCGCUUGUUUAGAUAAUUCAGCAGCCAGACAUAAAUUGUCCGUUCGACCUAAAAGAAGACACGUGGAUCCGCGAUCUCGUGUCAUCACCAGAUCUAAUUCUGAUUCAAACAUUAGAGCACUCGUGAAAAAAAUUGAUGGACAACAAGGAUGGCUGCCGAUGUCAAUUUUGAUGCAAACGGCUCUCAGUGAAGACAGCUCAACUCUCACUAGUCAUCGACCCGAAGACUCACAGUAUCGCCGAGAAGCUGUCGUAAAAGAACUGGUGGAAACGGAAGAAGAGUUCGGUCGAGAUCUCCAGCAAGUUGUGGAACGAUAUUUGAAACCGCUAGACAACCCUGGUGUGCCUCGCGCCGUUCGUGAUAACAAAGAAAUAAUCUUCACUAAUUUCAAACAAAUCGCCGAUUUCCAUAACACAUCGUUUGGCAGGGUAUUAAUCGAGGGGGUCAAGUACUACGCGGACCAGCCACGAAUGUUAGGCAAAACAUUUUUGAGACUGGAAAGAGAUUUCGACAAACAUGUCGCCUACUGUCGAGAUGAACCUGCAGCACAAGAAUUUCUGCAAACCAGCCUCGAAGUCCGAGAUUAUUUUGAGGAAUUAAGCCAGACUCUUGGAGACGAUAAAAGCGUGUCGGAACAUCUUAAGCUUCCGAUACAACGUAUUAACGACUACCAGCUCCUAUUAAAGGAGCUGGUUAAAUAUUCGACUCGCCUUGGCGAAAACUGCGACGACCUCCAGAAAGCACUGGAGUUGAUGCUCGGUAUCCCUCAUCGAGCAACGGAUAAUAAAUUUAUAAGUAAUAUCGAGGGAUAUAAAGGAAAUAUUCAUAAGCUUGGACGAUUACUGACACAUGAAUGGUUUACGGUUGUUGACAAAGACGGCAAAAGUAAAGAGAGAUAUUUGUUUCUUUUCAAAGCGCGUAUACUUGUUUGCAAAGUAAGACGUAUUUCUGAGGACAGAUCAGUUUUCGUUUUGAAGGAUAUUAUUAAACUACCAGAAGUUGAAGUCAAAGAUUAUCCAGACGAUCAACGUACGUUUGAAUUGCAUAACCCAUCGGGAGCAACGGGUUAUCCAUUAACUUUAAUAGCCCACAAAGACCUCGUAAAAGCGUACUGGUUGAAGGAAAUCCGUCAGUAUUCGAGUGAUUUGUUGGCACUGGCUGAGCACGCGGCUGACGAUCUUCAAUUGAGUGAAGAAAAAGACACUGAGGAUAGUAAAGUUCGUAAGCUUGAGGGAACUAAAAUUGAUUUGCCACCUCAAGCUAAAAAAUAUCAAGAAACUACGACAAAAAUACCAGUUACAGUUGAACCGACAAAACCACAAGCUCCAUUACAAACUUCAUCUCAAGCCUCAUUACCAACUCUACCACAAGCAUCAUCAACACCACCAGCUGCGGAAGUUAAAACCGCUGAAAAAAGAGAAAGUUUGACUAAAGUCAAAGAACUAGAAGCCAAAAAAGUUAAAACUGAAGAAAGUCAAGACAUGUCCAAGUAUUCAUCAAGUCAUUUUAGUGCUUCUUCUAAAGUUGUCGAAGAGUACUCGUCGGUAUCGAGUAGUCGGAAUGGAUCGACUUCAUAUGUCGAAACAUCAUCAUCAUCGCUUGCACGAGCGGAGAGACGUGCUUCGUCAUCGCUUUAUAGCUCAGAUAAAAUAACAGAAUCAUCUGGAUCCUACGAAACGGCUAUCGGCGGUUCAAGUGAAACAAAAACCUCCAAGCUCGCAGUUACUGCCGCGGAAACUGUGAAACCGAAAUUUGUUAAAACGAUUGAGGGUAUCAGCGCCGAACCUAUCCAUGCAAAACAGGCAAUCAUUCACGUAAUAGCGGGUGAAAGUGCAACUUUUGAGUGUACAUUGGAGUCGAGCAGCGAAUCAUGUCGCAUGCACUGGCUAAAAGACAACAAGCCACUAGAUGACAAGAUUGCAGAUCGCGUCAAGAUAACAUCAACUGACAAAUUAUUUAAACUUGAGAUAACAAACGUUUCCGCAAGUGACUCUGGUAUUUAUACGGCCCGAGCUGCUAAUGGAGAAGGAAAUGCCACUUGUACGGCUCAACUUGUUGUAGAAAGUCUUACAGCAGAAGAACGCAAAGCUAAAGCUGAAGCUAAAGCUCCUGUCUUUUUAGUUCGUCUAAAAGAUACUGAGCUUUUAGAAAAUACUUACUUACGUUUUAUGAUAAAAGUCAAAGGCGAUCCUACUCCAGAUGUUAAAUUUUACAAAGAUGGAAAGUUGAUUGAUGCAACCAAUAAUCGUGUAAAAAUUCAAACCGACGAAGAUAAAUAUAAAUCUGACAAAGGGUUUUAUGAACUGGUGAUACCUGACGUUCAGAAGCAAGAUGCUGGUAUAUACUCAUGCACUGCGACAAAUAAAUUCGGAGAGGCAACAUGCGAGGCCACGGUAUCAGUAACUGAUGAGAAGACUCUAUUUGCGGGAUUACCUGAAGGAGUAUUUGAAGCUGGGACGGAGACCCAGUUCAGGUGGCUCCGGGAUGGGAAACCAUUCAAUCCGGAAGAUCGAUUCAAAGUUUUGUUUGAGGACAAUGAGGACACUUUGGCUCUGGUAUUCCAACACGUUAAGCCAGAAGACGCGGGAUUGUACACUUGCGUUGCGCAGACAUCAACUGGUAACAUCAGCUGCAGCGCCGAGUUGACUGUUCAGGGUAAUGUUAAGCAGCUGAUGAAAGACCCUUGUAAGCCGGCGUUGGGUAGUGAAUCCAGACAAUCAGAAGUUAGUGCCGGAGGUUCAGCGAUGCUUGAUCUACAGGUGAGAGGGUUCCCCAAGCCGGACAUCAAGUGGAGCAAAGACGGGAAAGAAAUUGUCGCCGGUGGACGGAUCAAGUAUCUCUGGGAAGAUGAAGAAUCAGUGUCACUGGUUAUCAAAAAUGUUACAGUAGAAGAUGCGGGAACUUAUACAAUCCGUGCUAAGAAUGAAUUGGGAGAAGACGAGACUUACAUCGAAUUGAUUGUCAAGUCCGCUCCCAAAUUUAUCAAGAAGCAGACUGAUACCUUCGCGUACAUUGAAACCGAGGGAAAGAUGACAGUUCAGAUCCAGGCCUCACCCGCACCAGAAGUUAAGUGGUACAAAGAUGGCCAAAUACUCGAGGCAUCCGAUCGUCUUUCGAUGACACGAGAUGGCGACCAUUACAGUUUGAUCAUCAAAGAAUGCCGGUUGGAUGACAUUGGCUCGUAUUCGGUGAUAGCUAAGAACGAAAUAAAUCAGACCUCCGAAUUUUGGAACUUUGACGUACGCUGCCCACCCAAGAUUAAAAAGAAGUUGGGCGAGCCGAAGGUUAUCGAUGAAGGAGAUACCUUGACGUUACUAAUUGAAGUCGAAAAUACUCCGGAGCCUACUGUUGUCUGGCUAAAAGACGAAAUCGUUAUCAAAGAAGACCAAAGGAUUCAGAUUAUCAACGAAGGGCCCAGGCGGGGAUUGAAAAUUACCGGCACCGUUGACAUUGACGCUGCGACUUACAAAGCAGAGGUUUCUAAUAAAGAUGGAACAACUAUUGAUCAAGUUGAUGUUGAAGUUCGCUCAGCACCAAGAUUCAAAAAAGAAAUGACCGAUGUGAUUGCCAGAGAAGGAGAUGCAGAAGUCAAGAUAUCAAUAGAAGUUGCCGGUUAUCCGCGACCGUCGCUCCAGUGGUUCAUAAAUGACAUGGAGAUAACCGAAGACAAAACAGAGUUUUCGAAAUCCCAGGAGGGUGAUGUGCACACGUUAAAAAUAACUGAUGUCAAAACCGAGCACGCGGGUCGCUAUACUUGCAGACUCAAAAAUCAGUAUGGCAAGAAAGAGAGCAAAGCCAAUCUGACUGUUUACUGCAGACCUAAAUUGUUGAAAAAAUUAGCAGAUCAGAAGUUAAAUGAAGGAGCUACGUUGAAAUUACAAGUACAAGUGGCUGGUACUCCAACUCCUGAUGUAAAAUGGUUCAAAGACGGGAAAGAAGUUUCGGCGGACGCGAGAAUAAUUAUAACGCGCGACAGCAAGCGUCAGGAAAAUUAUGAUUUGACAGUUAAUUUACUGAAAGGUUCUGACGGAGGAACUUACGAGGUGCGAGCUACCAACGAAAUGGGAUACGUUUCUUCUAAAAGCAAAGUCAUUAUUCUCACGAAAACGGAAGAAACUGUCGAGAAGAAAGAAGAGGAAAAAGCUGAAGAAGAUGUUGAAGAGCCUCAAGGACCCGAAGGUAAUAAAGUGGAGAAAAUAACUAAAACGAAAGUAGUUAAUGGAAAAGACGGAGAUAUGAUAACGAUUUCCGUAGAAUCAACGACUGAACACCAAGCCACGAUGUCAGGUCCGGACGAGUGUCACACAAUCAGCAAGAUGAAGACCACUAAAGUCGAAUGCCAGGAGCUCAAUACCGAGGAGGUGCCACUAAUUGAAGAAAUACCUUCGUAUAGUUUUACGUUGAAAGACAAUACAGGCAGCAAUGGAAUCGUUGAGGAAUUUUCAGACAAAGAAGACAUGGACACUAGACUCAAAGUAAAUCGGGGGGUUUCUAUUGUCUCGGUCUCGGAUGACGAGUCUAUGAAAGCUCUGUCCCGAGAUGUCAGUGGCGAAAAUGUCAAUUGUCAAUAUGAGAUCAAGACUAAUGGAGGGUUUGAAAACUCCAAACAUAUUGAAGAAAAUAUUAUUGAAGAAUAUGGACCUAAUCAUGCGAUCAGGUACAAGGAAACUAUCAUCGAAGAGUGUUACGUUGAUGAUGGACGGGAUGGCGAGGCCAAGAUUGAGAUGAUUGAAGAAAAAUCUCAGAGAGCUAAGAGGUUAUCAAGGCAGACUUCUAAGCUCGACACAUUGGAUUCUACUAAAGUUACUGAUAAAAAGGAAGUUAAUUUAACGAAUGGUAAUGGUCCGCAUAAAGCAGAGGUGGGAGAAAGUAAAUUUACGAGACAAAAUUCAAAGCUCGAGAGAAUGGAGUCUGAGGAGAAAAAAAUUAUAACUAAAGAUUUAGAAUCGUCUCAGAUUCCGGAAGUUGAAGAAAGUAAAUUAUCAAGACAGAGUUCAAAAAUAGAAAAAUUUGAGUCGGAAGAAAAAAAAAGUGUUAAAAAAGAUUUAGAAUCAUCUCAGACUCCAGAAGUAAAAGAAAGUAAAUUAUCAAGGCAAAGUUCGAAAGUAGAAAAACUGGAAUCUGAAGAAAAAAAAAUCAUCACAAAAGAUUUAGAAUCUUCUCAGACUCCGGAGGUCAAAGAAAGUAAAUUAUCAAGACAGAGCUCGAAAAUUAGUCGGGUAAACUCCGUUGAAUCUAAAGCCGAAAGUGUUUCAAAUUUGUCUAGACAAAGCUCCCAGGCUCGGUCUAAUUCUAUUGUCAAUGGUAAUAAUUACGACGAUGAUGAUGACGCUGACCUAGAUGACAAGACUCGCGAGCUUUUCAGUCGUAUCAAAAGACAAAGAAGUGUUCUCGAAGAAAUUUUAGAUAAGGAAGCCGAUAAAAAAGAUAAAACCUCCGACGGCCUUGAAGCCGCGCCGUCGAUAGUGAGCUCAGACUUCGAAGACUGCACAGUAUUCGCGACCCAGAACAAGACAUUUACAGUCCACGGAACGGGAUUACCGCGACCUGACGCCAAGUGGUUCAAAGACGGGAACCCGCUCAGGUCCGCGGACAAAGCCAAGCCGGGACACACUGGAGAAAAGUUCACUCUCUCAUUCACAAAACUCACGGAGAACGAAACGGCUUUGUACCAAUUAGUCUUGUCCAACAAACUUGGUACCAUAAGUGUCGAUGCUUACAUAGAAGUUGCUCCAGAGAGUGAGCUUCGUAAGCCCAGAUUCACUGAACCCCUCCAAGAUAUCGAUGCUGAGAAAAAUGGAGCCGGCACUUUCCAAUGUGUGCUUACGGCUGAUCCCAUUCCUGACGUCAUCUGGUCACAUGAAGGAGUUGAUUUAUCACCAGAAAAUGAUAAAUAUAAAAUGGAGCGUUCGACUAAAAAAGUUGAUGAUGCUCUUAUUGAAUGUACUUACAAUCUCACUGUGAGUGAUUGCACUCUUGAAGACGUUGGAAAGUAUACAUUACGCGCUGAAAACAAAUGGGGAGAUGACAGUUCAAAUGCGCGUCUAGAGUUGCUGGUGCAGCCAGAAAUUCUCGAGUUCAAAGAACUCAAUGCGGCGGUUGAAGAAUUAUCUAAAUGGGAAGUGAUAAUAAAAUCAAAUCCUCGCGCAGAACUGACCUGGGAGAAAGAUGGAAUUAUUUUAGACGACGAAAAUCGUUUCGCUCAGGAAGAUAAUUAUCGUGACAUGAAAUAUUAUUUGGUAUUUAAGUGCGUCGAGUAUGAUGACGCGGGUGUUUAUAAAGUUACGGCUAAAAAUUAUUUAGGAGAAGAUACUGCUGAAGCUGAAUUAGUUCCUUACACUGAGCCACCAGAGUUCCUGUUAGAAAUAACCAACGGAUCAGUGCGUCAUGACGCGCCGAUCGAAUUCAAAAUCGAGGCCAAAGGAAUCGCACGUCCGAAGAUCCAGUGGCUGUUGAACGGCGACGAGAUUAUUCCAGACGAACGUCAUAUUAUAACGACCACAAUAGACGGUCACGUGUACAGCCGGCUCAGAAUUGAACACUUCCAGCAGAGCGACGAGGGUGAAUUGACUUGUGUGGCGACAAAUCGCGCUGGCAAAGCAAAAUCAAAGUGCACGGUGUCGAUGAUCCGUCUGCCGCCCACGUUCGCUGAAUUACUCCCCCGCUCACAGCAAAUUGAGGAAGACGCGCCUCUGGUAUUUGACGUCGAGGUCGACGGCAGUCCUUUCCCGAAGGUCACCUGGUUCAAAGACGGUGAAGAGAUUAAGCCCGACGAUCACGUGAAAAUUGAAACUCAGCCCAAUGGUUCAACUAAAUUGACCAUCGAGAAAUGCACACCCACUGACAGUGGCGCUUACAAAAUAAUUGCCAAGAAUAAUAACGGAGAAAGUACUUCUCAGUGUGCAGUCGCUAUCAAACCGACACCACGCAAGCCAUCAUUCUCAAAACCACUUGAAGAUGUCACAGUAACAGCUGGACAACCUCUGAAACUCGAAGCCCAAGUGGUCGCAUUCCCAAGUCCUGAGGUCCAGUGGUUCAAAGACGGGCUCCCAGUGCGCCAAUCACCGGACAUUGAAUUUAUAAAUGAGCCCAACGGUCUCAUGGGAAUAUCUAUUGACAAAGUAAAGCCCGAGAAUGCUGGUACCUAUUCUCUGGUGGUUAAAAAUAAACUAGGAGACGUAACAGGCAAGGCGGUGGUGACUGUCGAGGCCAAAGAAAAGAAACCCGAGUUCUUGUCGACUCUUCAACCGAUGACUGUCGUCGAAGGUUUUCCUGCAAAGAUGGAGGUGAAGAUUGUUGGAAAACCUUUGCCACUGAUCGCCUGGACUUACAAUGGGGUUGAAAUAAUUCCUGACGGAACGCACAUUAAAAUAGUGUCACAGCCAGACGGAACUCAGGCUCUUUUAAUUGAUAAGGUUACCGUCGACGACGCGGGUGAGUACGGAGUCGCAGCGCUCAACACCGUAGGCGAAGAGGAGUGCAAAGGAAUCCUCAAUGUCAGUAGUAAGUCAAAGUCUGAUGCACCUGAAGAAAAACCUUGUUUCUUGGGACCUCUGAGAGACACGAGCAUCGAAGAAGGUGAGCCCUUGACAUUCAGUGCCUCCUUUGCUGGCAACCCAAUGCCCGACGUAUUCUGGACCAAAGAUGGAGAGCCCAUAGAACCUUCGGAUCGCAUUUUGAUGACUUGCGAUGGCAAAAAAGUCGGACUGGAAAUAAAUCCAACUACUGCAAAAGACGCUGGUGUCUAUCGCUGUCGUCUAGUGAAUCCUUCAGGCGAAGACGCCUCAAACGCCAUCGCAACUGUCCGUAAAGUAUUCCAACGGCCUAAUUUCACUCAAAAGUUCACAGACUUGCAACAAGUACCCGGUAACGAUGCCAAGUUCGCCGCGAGAAUAACUGGAAUACCCAGACCUGAUGUUUCCUGGUACUUCAAUGACAAGCCAAUUCCCAAAGAUGCUGAUAAAUAUAUAAUAAAACGUGACGGCGAUGCUUGCUCACUAUUUGUUAAAGAUUGUAGUCCUUCAGAUGCUGGUAAAUAUAAAUGCAGAGCUAUUAAUAAAGACGGUGACGCUUCUUGUGAAGCUUUAUUGACUGUUGCUGAUAAAAUAGACAAGCAACAAAAAGUAGAGCCACCAUCAUUCUUAAAGAGAAUAGGCGACUGUGAGGUUUACAAAGGAAUGACUGCCAAGUUUACAGCAUGCGCUACGGGAAUACCUGAUCCAAGUUUCGAGUGGUACCGCAAUGAUGAAAGACUUUGGCCAACUGACCGUAUUAGAAUGGACGAAGAGGGUAGCGGGUUGCUGAGACUGACAAUUCUCAAUGUUGAGGAACACGAUGUCGGAAAAUACAGCCUGAGAAUUAUAAAUCCCCAUGGUGAAGACACUUGUCAUGCUGAAAUGCGUUACGAGACAUUGGAACCGCGUACAAAGAAACCACUUGCUGAUCAAUACUCAGAGUUCGACAAGUAUCGCAAGUCAGGUAUACCUCUGCCCUUAGCAGAUCGCCCGAUAAUCAGCCGGAUGAUGGAUCGGCACUUGACGCUUUCUUGGAAGCCCUCUAUCCCCAUAGGGCCGCGUGUACCUGUCACAUAUUUAGUGGAGAUGUGCGAGCAGCCAGAUGGCGAUUGGUUCACGGCGCGCUCAGGAAUUCGUAGCUGUGUCUGUGAUAUCCGCAACCUUGAGCCCUUCCGCGACUAUAAAUUCCGCAUCCGCGUAGAAAAUAAAUACGGAAUCAGUGAUCCGUCACCUUUCGCUCAGACUUAUAGAUCUAAAUUACUUCCCGACCCACCUAAAUUCCAUCCCUAUUUACCACCAGGCAUUGACUUCCGCCCCGAGACUUCUCCGUACUUCCCCAAGGACUUUGACAUCGAGCGACCACCUCACGAUGGCUAUGCCCAAAUUCCCAAGUUCUUGCGCCAAGAGCACGACACCCAGUACGGCGUCAAGAAUCACAACUGCAACCUCUUCUGGUUUGUCUACGGCUACCCUAAGCCUAAAAUGACUUACUAUUUUAAUAAUGAAUUAAUAGAGUCGGGAGGCCGUUACGACCAGAGUUAUACGCGCAAUGGACAAGCGACACUAUUCAUCAACAAAAUGCUAGAACGUGAUGUCGGAAUGUAUGAAGCAAUUGCGACAAAUGAACACGGCGAGGCGCGACAACGUGUCAGACUCGAGAUAGCAGAGUAUCCAACAUUUAUCCAGCGGCCUGAGGAGUCUUACGUCAUGCUGCGCCGAAAUGGACACAUCCAAGCCCGCGUUACUGGCGUCCCGUUCCCCGAAUUGAAGUGGUACAAAGACUGGAAACCUUUGACAUCAACCGCUCGCGUCAAGAUCGACUUCUUUGACCCGGACACUUCCGUACUCACGAUAAACGACGCGAUUGUCAAAGAUGAGGGCCUGUAUUCCAUCAGCGCGCGCAAUGUAGCCGGAUCCGUAUCUUGUUCAGUGAUGGUUCACAUCGAGGAGAACGAGCACGAGUAUGGCUACCGGACUUACACCCGGAACACCGACGUCAAGACCAAAGCCAAGCCCUUCGACGAAUUCUACGAUCUGGGUGAUGAACUUGGUCGUGGUACUCAAGGCGUUACUUACCACGCGGUUGAACGCUCUACUGGACGUAACUUUGCGGCUAAAUUGAUGCACGGUCGCGGUGAACUUAAGCCCAUUAUGCUCAGCGAAAUGAAUGCUAUGAAUCAUUUGAAUCAUCGCAGACUUAUUCGUCUCCAUGACGCGUACGAGACUGACGGGUCAUUGAACCUCGUGAUGGAGCUGGCCGCCGGUGGAGAACUAGUUGACACUCUUACUCGCCAACCUUUCUACAACGAAUACGAAAUCGCUAAUUACAUCAGACAAAUUUUACAAGGACUUGAGUACAUGCACAAUGAAAGCUGGGCACAUUUAAGUCUUACGCUCGGUGAUCUGCUGAUCUCUCACUCAGGAGGUGACAGUUUGAAAAUAACAGACUUUGGUCUAGCGCGUCGUAUUUCUUACGGCAGAUUGAUGACUCUUGUAUACGGAAUGCCUGAAUACGUGGCUCCAGAAGUCGUAAACGAGGAAGGAGUUACUUAUGCUGCGGACAUGUGGUCUCUAGGUAUCAUCACUCAUAUUCUAUUGUCUGGAAUAUCUCCAUUCCGCGGCGCAAAUGACCGUGAAACACUGACUAAAAUAAAAAACGGUACUUGGGACUUUGAUGAGCGAUGGUGGCAAAAUAUAUCAACUGAAGCGCGUGACUUUAUUCGCUGCCUAUUGGUCUACAAAGUUGACGAUCGUAUGGAUGUUACUGCAGCACUGCGCCACCCCUGGCUUAACAUGACAGACAGAGUGCCUACAGAACCCUACAAAAUUCCCUCAGAAAAUCUCAAAAAUUACUACACAUUAUUCAGAGACUGGUAUGGCAACGCUUCCUGCCGCACUUGGUACCGCAGACGCAAGCUCAGUAGCGCAUUCGAGCAUCCAUCUCGCAUGGUCUACCCACCUGGUCAUCGGUACACUCCUGAGCCAGAGGAACGUCCCUUUACACCCACCAAGCGUGAUAAACCAGAACCCCGUACCUGGGAAAACAAAGUACCGUCUCGCGUGCCGAUUGAUACUGAAAUUGGUCUCAUUAAAAAUGAAAGUCACUAUCAGAAUGGACCCGAUACAUAUCUACUCCAAUUACGUGAUACCGAUUUCCCAGUACGUCUACGUGAGUACAUGAAAGUGGCACACAAUCGUGGAUCAGCAUUUGCCCGCGUCUUUGACGACGAGGGCUACGAUUGGCGUACGCCGAUAAUCCGAGAACGAAGACGGUUUACUGAUGUAAUGGAUGAAGAAAUAGAUGACGAACGUAAAGCUCGUAUCAAUAAUUACGGUGCUGCUGAUUGUCAUACAAUGAGACGUCUACGUCAUGAACUAGGAACUAGACUGGACUCUUAUGCCGAAGCCGAAGCUAUGAUGGAGACCAAAAAGGGCGGACACUUGCCAUUUUUACGGGAAAAACCCCAGAUGUUGCAAAUCCAAUGCGGCAAGUGCGCUCAGUUGACGUGUCUGGCUGUAGGCAAUCCCAAACCUGCAGUCCAAUGGUUCAAGAACGACCUAGUGAUCCAAGAAGGAAAGCGCAUCAGCAUAAUUGAAGACACUGAUGGCAGGUCUAUAUUGAGUUUCAACCCAGCACGCGAAAUUGACAUUGGAAUUUACAAAGUAGUUGCAAGAAAUAAUGUUGGACAGACGGUAGCGCGUACACGCGUCGUUCUGGCAACAGAGCCUGGAUUGCCACAAGCACCUGAAGUCUGCAAUGUGUCUGACACAGAAGUACUGCUACGCUGGAAACCACCGAAAGAUGAUGGUAACUCGGAAGUACUUUGCUACAACCUGCAGUACAAAGCCGGAGAUUCCGUGGACUGGAUUGAUGUCGCCAGUAAUAUUGAUCACGAAUUUUAUUUAGUUAAGGACUUGCAGCCCAACACCAGUUACCACUUCCGGUUGGCUGCGAGAAAUCGCAUCGGGUGGAGUGAAAAAGGAUUCGAGACUAAUCUUAUUCAAACAAAACCAGAAGGCGCGCCAAAAAUACCCAUCAGCCGCGCGAUGAAACAUCUUCAGUAUUUGACUGAGUCUGGGCACGAGAUAGUUCCCAGUGAGGACAAACCCAAGCUGAACUAUGAUAUCGAAGAUGAGCCUAUUGAAUGGACCAUCGAUGCCCAGUUCACCGGACGCUAUACAUUUAUAUCAGAAGUAUAUCGCGGUCAGUUUUCGAUGGUCGUAAAAGGCGCAGAAAAAGAAUCCGACAAACUGGUGGUCGCUAAAAUACUUGAAGCCAGUCAAGACCGCAAGGAAUUUGUCGGCGAAGAGUUUCAGGUCUUGAGAUCUUUGAGACAUGAGCGAAUAGCUCUGUUGGAGGCAGCUUACUGGGCCGCUGACUCCCCAGUCGCCGUCUUUAUAAUGGAAAAAUUACAGGGCUCAGAUGUGCUGACUUAUUUGGCCAGCAGACCAGAGUACACAGAAAACUGCGUCGCCACAAUAAUCACCGAGGUUCUAGACGCACUUCAAUAUCUACACUGGCGCGGUUACUGUCAUCUAGACAUUCAACCCGACAACAUCGUCAUGGCCUCUCUCAGAUCCGCACACAUCAAACUAGUAGACUUUGGAUCCGCUCACAAGGUUUCAAAACUAGGUACCGAAGUACCUCAAAAUCUUGGACAUCUUGAGUACCGAUCACCAGAAGUUCUCAACGAAGAGCUGGCCUACCCCCAGACAGACAUCUGGAGUGUCGCCGUGCUUACUUACGUUCUCCUCUCCGGGGCAUCUCCAUUCAAGGGCAAUGAUGAGCAUGAAACAAGACAAAAUAUUUCAUUCGUUAGGUACAGGUUUGAAUAUUUGUACAAGGAAAUAAGUCAAGAAGCCACGAGGUUCCUCAUGUUGUUAUUCAAAAGAACACCUAGCAAAAGACCAACAGCUGAAGAAUGCCAUGAACACAGAUGGGCAACACCAACAGAAUUUAUGAUUAAAAAACGUGAACGAGCAUCAUUUCCCGGCAGUAGAUUGAAAGCAUACAAUGAAGAGUAUCACGAAGAAAAAGCUAAAUUAGCAUCCAAAAAUGACAAUUUGAUGAUGGCUUUUGGUAACGUCCGCCAAUUGAAUAGAUCAUACAGCACGCAAGACGAAUUAAUCACAUCGAUUGACAAUAUUCAAUAAUUUAUGUGAUUUUUAUAAUAUUAAUCUUAUUUAUUUUAUUAUUAAAUAUUUAUAUAUAUAUAUAUAUAUACGUAACUUAAAGGUCAUUGAAAUUAUAAUUUUAAUAGACUGCGAGUUUAUUGAGUUUUUUUAAAUUCGACUAAAUUUUUAGUUGACAUUUUUUUUUUCUCUGUUAAAACUUUUAAUGACUCGAUUUUAUCAAGUAUUAUAAAUUUGAAAAAUGAUUACUAUUAUUAUUAUUAUUACUAUUAUAA